AGCAGCAGAAAAAGCAGCAGAAGAAGAAAAGUAAGCUUGAUUUUCAUACACUGUUGUCGGCUGUGUUCAUUCUUCUGCUGUCCGAAAAUAAACCAAGCAGUUGGAAUCUUUUUGUUUUGUUUCAAUCACCUCUUUGUUAACAUUAAUUGGUAAUUCAAUACAAGUACCGUAGCUAACGUUGAAACGCGUAGCACGGUACGUUAGUUAACACGCUAUUGUAGCUAACAGAUGCUAGCUGCUUUAGCUAGCAGGGUAUCUACUAGCUAGCCGUGUGUCAAUUGAACAAACAGUGAAGCCUACGGAUCAUCGGUGUGGAGACUACAGAAGACGGACACCAACUUUUAGCCGGUGUUCCCCAUCAAGUGAAGAGCUGCAUUUUGUCAUUUUUUCAGUCAAAAACAACGUGGUGCCUGGGGAAGUAUGGAAGCCCCGCCUGUUUCAGCGAUGCCCGUAACCGGAGGCGCAAUCAAUAUGAUGGAAUAUCUGCUGCAAGGCAGUGUGUUUGACCAGGCACUGGAAAGCCUCUUGCAUCGCCUUCGAGGUCUGUGUGACAACAUGGAACCGGAGACGUUCACAGAUCAUGAACUGGUUUAUCUUCUGAAAGGCCAACAGGGGAACCCUUUCAUUCUGCGUGCCCGGCGGUCGCUCUCCCACCCCACGUCGCCGUGGCACCUACGCUACCUAGGCCAACCCGAAGUGGGAGACAAGAGCCGCCACGCCCUGGUGCGCAACUGUGUUGACGUGGCCGCCUCUCACAGCCUGCCGGACUUCCUCAACGAGAUGGGCUUCCGCAUGGACCACGAGUUUGUGGCCAACGGGCACAUAUUCCGCAAAGGUGCUAUGAAAAUUGUGGUUAGCAAGCUAUCGCGCAUCCUGGUACCGGGGAACACGGACAACACAGAACGCCUAUCUCUUUCGUACCUGGUGGAGCAGAGCGUGUUGGCUCCCGCUGGCCAGGACACCAUGUCAGAGGAGAUGCGCAGCUUUGCUGAGCAGCUUAAGCCCCUGGUUCACCUGGAGAAGAUAGACCCCAGCAAACAGAGACAUUAAAUGGACAUCAUUUAGAGGGUCAAGUCAUCUCUGGCCACCAUGGACAAACAAGAUUUUGUUUUAAUAAUGUUUACAUUUGUUACUGAAAUUAAAUGCAAUUCAACUUUGA